AGUCGUUUGAAAGGUGAGCAAUGGAGACGAAGUUCGUGGUCAUAACUUUUCUAAUAAGCUACGUACUUGCCCAAUCGAAUGCCGAUUGUGGCAAUAAGCCAAUUGUGGAUGGAAAUUGCGAUCAGAUAAUCAAAGGAUUUACUUUUGCAACCGAAGAAAACCGAUGCAAAAAGUUUAGAGCAAAGGGUUGCACAGUGGGCGGAAAUUACUUUCGAGCCAAAGAUGAGUGCGAGCUCAAAUGCAAGGGUUAUAUAAAUUGGGGUAUCGAAAGCUUCGGAAACGGAGAUUGGGAAGAAAGUGAAAUUGAGGACUAUUGGAAUAAUGGUUCGGAAGAAAGCGAAGUCGAAAGCAUCUCGAAUAGAGGAUCGAAAAAACGAACUCUCUAAAAGAAGCUUGAACUGAGAUAACAUCGAUGAAUACUUGACAGCGGGGAUUCAGUUUAUUAAAAUGGUAAAUGGUAACAUUAAAAAUUUUAUUUGGCUACACUGUAAGCUACCUAAUAAAUUAUACAGUUUUCUAUAU